GAGAACAUCCGUCAUGUCAAGAGUUACCAAUCUGUCCAAACUGCGACAGGAGAGGAUGAGGGAGAUCAACAUGAGGAACAAAGAGAAGGAGCGUCUGAGGGAGCGGGAGAAGGCGGCGAGGGAGCGGGAGGCUCGCUACACCAACGGCCACCUCUUCACCUCGCUGACGGUGUCCGGAACCACGCUGUGCACCGCCUGCAACAAGAGCAUCACCGCCAAGGAGGCGCUCAGCUGCCCCACCUGUAACGCCACCAUCCACAACCGAUGCCGGGACACUUUACCCAACUGCGCCAAAAUGAAGCAGAGGCAGCAGAAGAUGACCCUGAUGAGAAAUAACGUGACCCUGCGCUCCAAAACUCCAGGGAUGCGUGAGCGCCCGUCCUCGGCCAUCUACCCGUCCGACAGCCUGCGCCAGUCUCUACUGGGCUCCCGUCGCGGUCGCUCCGGCCUCUCGCUGUCCAAGAGCGUCUCCACCAAUAACAUCGCAGGGACUCUGAGUGAGGACUCUCCUCUGGGCCUGCGCAGGAUCUUGUCCCAGUCCACAGACUCGCUGAGCUUCAGGAACAGAGCCAUGUCGGUGGAGUCGCUCAACGACGAUGGAGACCUGUACUACACCUCGGUCCUGGAAGACCUGGAGCUGGAGGGCCAGGACUUCAAGGCGGACUCCUGGAGCAUGGCUGUGGACAGCAGCUACCUGCAGACGCACCGCAAGAACGUCAUCAAGAGGCAGGACGUCAUCUACGAGCUGAUCCAGACCGAGCUGCACCACAUGCGGACCCUGCACAUCAUGGACCGGGUGUUCAGGCAGGGCAUGCUGGAGGAGCUCCAGAUGGAGCCCAGCGUGGUCAACACCAUGCUGCCCUGUCUGGACCAGCUGAUCAGGAUACACUCACACUUCCUGGCACAGCUGCUUCUGCGUCGCAACCUGAGCCUCCAUCCCGGAUCCAGCCGCAACUUCACCAUUCACCAGCUGGGGGACAUUCUGGUAGAGCAGUUUUCAGACCACUGGGCAGACGACAUCCGGAAGACCUACGCUGAGUUCUGCAGUCGUCAUCUGAAAGCUGUCAAACUGUACAAGGAGCUGCUGGCCAGAGACAAGAGGUUCCAGUUCUUCAUACGGAGAGUGAGUCGGGGCCCGUUGCUGCGUUGCCACGGCGUUCAGGAGUGCAUCCUCCUGGUGACUCAGCGGAUCUCCAAGUAUCCGGUUCUGAUCCAGCGCAUCCUGGACAACACCACAGAUGAUGAAGAGGAGGCUUCGUCUCUGGCUCAGGCGCUGCUGAUGAUCAGAGAGCUGCUCAGCUCCAUCGAUCAACAGAUGGAGGAGCUGGAGAAGACUCAGCGGAUGCAGGAGAUCCAGGCCAAGCUGGACCAGCGUACCGAGACCAGGGUGAGGGACGGAGGACUGUUCAAACCUGCAGAGCUGCUGCGCAGGAGUCUGCUGCAUGAGGGGACGCUGUUCUGGAAGACCCCAGGGUCCAGGCUCAAAGACAUCCAGGUCCUCUUGAUGACAGACAUCCUGGUGUUUCUGCAAGAGAAGGACCAGAAGUUCAUUUUCCCUUGUCUGGACAAGCCUCCAGUGCUGUCCCUGCAGAACCUCAUCGUCAGAGACAUCGCCAACCAGGAGCGAGGGAUGUUCCUCAUCAGCGACUCUUCUCCUCCGGAGAUGUACGAGUUCCACGCUGCCAACAAGGAGGACAAGAACGUCUGGAUGAGACACAUCCAGCAAGCUGUCAGCAAGUGCCCGUCAAGAGAAGAAUUCCCGCUCAUCGAGCCCGAGCACAAAGCUCAUCUGAGGAGACUGAAAGCCGACCUCCAGCAGAAGGACCAGGAGAUGCUGGAGCUGCUCCAGGAGAGAGUGUCUUUGUUCUGCGAGCUGGCGGAGGUGACCAGCGGCCAGGAGGCGCUCCACUUCCCCGUCACUCGCUACAUGUUCCGAGCCGACACGCCUCAGGCCCCCCGAGCCGAGAAAUUACUGCUGGACGCCACGGCGGAGGUGGACAGGCUCAGCGAGCUCCUUCUCGGCUCCAACAUGGACGUCCCCAUCUUGUGCCACCUGAACCACCUGGAGGUCGGAGAAACCAGUGAUCCGGAGCUGCUCGUCAAUGGAGCUCAUCAGUUCUUCGCUGCUAAGGGAAACGUGGCGCCUGAGGAUGAGGAGCGGGCCGUGGAGAUCUGUCAGCGGCUGGUCAACCUCAGCGUUUACCUCCACGCCCUCCAGGGCGCCGUCAUCAAGCAGGACUCCAUCCUGGAGCUGCUGCUGCAGCCGCAGGACGGCGCGGCGCCGUCCCCGACGGGGGCGUGGCGCCCGGCGUGGCGGGACGGGGCGCAGCGGGACGCGGGCGCGGCGGGCGCCGCCAUCGGGGAGCUGGCCCUGCUGCAGAGGCAGCACAGCCUGCUGCAGGAGGAGCUGCUGAGGCUGCGGGACGCCGAGAGCCGCUUCCGGGACAGCGAGAAGGCCCGGGCCAAGCUGGAGAGGCAGGUGCGCCACCUGAAGGUGUGCGGCGGAGCCGCGGCCGCCGACCAGACCGGCCAGUCGCUGCAGUCGGGGAGGGGGGGCUCCGGACAGGACCACCAGCAGGCCAUCAGGGACCAAUCAGACCACUUCCAGGAGGGCAGCGAUCUAGAGGUAGAUGUGACGUCAGAUGAUGAUGAUGAUGAUGAUGGGACUGCAUCUCAAAGCUCCAAAGAUCUGCAAGAUAUUCCAGAGGAAAUCUGACCCUCGGCAUGUUCCUCAGUGCUCAUGAGCCAUACUUGAUUCCCUCACGCCUCGCAGAGUGACCAGCUCCGUAUUUAUUUAGCCGCUUUGCUUUUCAGUAGAUAUCAGUGAGCUCUUUCUUUCCUUCCUUUCGGCAUGCUUUGGAACUUUCCACGGUUUUGUGAGGACUCGACCAAAGGGACGGAGGAGCCGGCCGGCGCCGGCGAAGGGCUCGUUUCUGUCCGGACUCUGCAAUAACUCGAUCCAAAGACUGGUGGUACUGGUGGCAGCCGGCGCAUCGGGACCCAACUGAAACAUGAAACUGCUGGAGAGACGCACUGCUCUGAAGAGGAGCGGCGCCUGGAGGAGGCCCGAGAGCCCUGCUUUCAUUCAGCUCCACCUUACUGCUGUGACCCCUGACCUCUGACCCCUGGCCUCUCACCCCUGCCGGCUGUGACCCCUGACCUCUGACCCCUGCAGACUGUGACCCCUGACCUCUGAGCUCUGCAGACCACAGCUGGAAUUUAAAAAUGAAAACUGUUGUGAAUUUCAGAAUUGAACAAAUGGAAAUGUGAUGUUGACGUUAAAACACACUAAUUUCUUUCAAAGCUUUUCUUUUAUUUAUUGACAUAAAGAACGACUCAAAUCUACUGUAAGUCUGACAGAUGUCAGAGGUCAGAAGAGGUCAGAGUUCUCACUGCUGAAUGCCUGAGCCACAGGACUCCUCUAGGGUCAGGGGUCAGAGGUCAGGGGUCAGAGGUCAGGGCUUGUAGAAAGUUCUGUAUGAUUAUGUUCACUGAGAGUAAUCGAUUACUGGACUUCUUUAUGAAAUCUUGCAUGAUCUCCUCCACAGCUCAAUGUCUCUGCUGCAGGUUCAAACACACGCUUCACACACUGUACACACACUUCACACACUGUACACACACUUCACACACUGUACACACACUUCACACACUGUACACACACUUCACACACUGUACACACACUUCACACACUGUACACACACUUCACACAUACUUCAAACAUACUUCACACAGACUUCACACAGACUUCAAACAUACUUCACAUAAUGUAAGCAUACUUCAAACACACUUCACACUCUUCAAGCACACUUCACGUGAUGUAAACACACUUCACACACACUUCACAUAAUGUUCAAACACACUUGACGCACUCUAAACACACUUCACACACACUUCCACCAAUCUAAACAUACUUCACAAACACACUUCAAACACUCACAUGCUCUAAACACACUUCACGCACUCUAAACACACCUCAAACAGACGUCACACACAUUUCACAGUGUCUAAACACACUCCCAACACACACAUUAAACACACACUAAACCUGUGAAACCUGGCUGAACACAUUAAACAUGUGACAGACGUGAUCCGGUGUUCUGCUUGCUGCUCUGCAUGUUGUAGACGUGUUUGUGUGAUUUCAGGAAGUGUUCUCCUCCCUUAACUUCACAACAUUUUAAUUUUCCUUUUUAUAUCUGUAUGAACUUCUUAUAUCUCAGGGUUGAAUGACUGCAGUCUGAUCCUCCAUCUAUCUAUCUAUCUAUCUAUCUAUCUAUCUAUCCAUCCAUCCAUCUGUGGACCACGAUAAGGUUCUGUGGAGAUCCAGCUGGUUCAGCAGAUCAUGAAGAAGAGAAGAGACAGAAUGGAUUCUUUUCUCUGAGUGAUGAAUAAAAGAGAAGCUAAACCACCUGAG